AUGUGAAAAUAAAGAUCCCACAUUAUAAUUUGUAAGCUUGUGCUUAGGCCAUCUUGAGCACAGCCAUGGCCGUCCCCAUCGUUCUCAAGUAUUCUUUCCUCCUUCUUCUUCUACCUUUGCAUUUUUCCCCAGUCUUCAAUAAAAGCUUACAUCUUAAUAACUAUCCCAUCACUUCUACGGCGUCGUUUUGCAAGUCCAAUCCGUACCCUGAAGCUUGUUUACACUCCAUGAAACUCUCCAUUUCCAUUAACAUUACCCCAACUAUUUUGAAUUUCCUUCUCCAGACAAUCCAGGAUGCGUUGACCAAGGCUGACCACCUCUCCGAUCUGCUCGCCGCCGCCGCCGCCGGCAACAAUAUCGUCGAGAGACAGAGGGGGACGGUUCAAGACUGCAGGGAGCUCCACGAAAUUACGGUCUUGUCCCUGAAAAAGUCAAUUGCCAAGAUAAAGUCCGAUAAAAUUGCGGACGCGAAGGCGCAUCUUAGCGCGGCGGUGACGAACAGAGCCACCUGCUUGGAAGGGCUGGAGACGGCGGCGGGUCCCAUGAAAGAAACGCUGGUGGAUUCCAUUGAAGACACAUACGAGGAUGUCAGCAAUGCCCUGUCGGCGCUCCCCCGAUCUGGCGGCGGCGAUGGGCGGCGGCGGCGGCUGAUGUCGACGGGUUUCCCGGGAUGGGUCUCGGAGAAGGACCGCCGCAUCUUGCAGCAGGACGGUGACUAUGACGACUACGACGACCUCAAGGAGACGACGCUGACGGUGGCUGCUGACGGGACGGGGAACUUCACCACCGUCACGGACGCCGUUAAUUUCGCCCCGAAUAACAGCGCCGUGAGAAUAUUCAUCUACGUGAGGCAAGGGGUUUAUCAAGAAAAUGUGGAGAUUCCGAAGUGGAAGCCUAACAUUGUUAUGCUCGGAGAUGGCCGUAACGUCACUGUCAUCACCGGUAACAGAAGUGUCGUCGACGGCUGGACAACAUUCCGGUCUGCCACCGUUGCGGUUUCCGGCGGCGGUUUCUUGGCUCGCGACAUCACCUUCGAGAACACGGCCGGGCCGGAGAAGCACCAAGCGGUGGCCCUCCGGGUCAGCUCUGACUUAGCCGCCGUGUACAGGUGCACCAUAGCAGGUUUCCAAGACUCUCUUUACGUCCACUCCUUCCGCCAGUUCUACCGCGAGUGCGACAUCUACGGCACCAUCGACUUCAUCUUCGGCAAUGCCGCCGCCGCCUUCCAAGGCUGCAACAUCGUCUCGAGAAUGCCGAUGCCCGGCCAGUUCACUGUCGUCACCGCCCAGUCCCGAGACAGCCCUUUCGAGGCCACGGGGAUCUCCAUUCAGAACUGCUCGAUCUUGGCGACUACCGAGUUGCUCGCGAAUUCGGACGGCGUCAAGAGUUUCUUGGGCCGGCCGUGGAAAAACUGUUCCGUCACGGUGGUCAUGGAGUCGUACAUUGACGGGUUCAUAGAACCGGAAGGGUGGACCCGGUGGCUUGGCGAUCAAGGACUGGACACUUUGUACUAUGGGGAGUAUCAGAACAACGGGCCGGGUUCGGUUACGGAUAAUCGGGUGGAUUGGGCGGGUUAUCAUGUUAUGGAGUAUGAUGAUGCAUGGAAUUUCACUGUGUCGGAGUUCAUCACCGGAGAUGAAUGGUUGGAUUCUACUUCCUUCCCUUAUGAUGAGGGGGUUUGAUUUUAUUCAAGGUCAACGGAGGUUUGACUUUAUUUUAUAGGACAAAAUAGAGUCCUAUACUCUAUGUUUUACAGUAGUGUAGUAUAGUAUACACACAUAUAUAUACGGAGUAUAUAUAUAUGUAUCUAAUACGGAAUACUACUUAUUUUUUUCAAUAAAAGGAAAAUUGACAUUAAUUAUCGUCAAGAUGUUUUCAUUUGGAUUGAAUUUUUUUGUCAGAUUUGGUCCGAACUGUUCGGUUUAGUAUAGUCUGGCAAGUGUCUGGUCUAUAUGUAUUUUGUAACUGUCAAAGUCUUGUAUGAUCUAAUCAGGUCUGAACUGAUUUGUUC